UUUUUUUGUUCAUCGAUCAUUUUUUUUUUAUGUUUAAUUUUCUCUUUCCACACUUUUCUUUCCAUUUAGAUAGUUAUUAUUAAUUCUAAUUGAUAUCAAUCGAUUGUUAACGUAUCAUACGACACUUGCAAUCUCAUCAAUCAAUCUCAUCACAUCAGUCAAUUCCAUCAAUUCAUUGUUCUUUGAUUGUUCAGGUAUUUAUUCAACUAAAUUAUUACCUGUAAUUACUUUUUGAUCCUUAUCAUCCUCCUCCUCCCUCCCUUUUUUUUCCCCUAUUGGAAUUUCGCCCCCUUGAAAUUUCAUCUAUCCCAUCAAUUCAUCCCAUCAAUCUAAUACUUCCCAUCCAUCAAUCAAUCAAUCAAUCAACUAAUCAUGUCUACUCCAGCUAAAGUUCCAGUUCCACUCACUCCUUGUUUCGUCUUAGGAUGGCAAGAUCCAAUCUUCACCGGUAAAAUCUUUGCCGGUGUGGUUUCAACUUUAGUUAUCUUUAAAUAUGUUAAUUUAUUUAACCUUUUUUUCCAUAUUGCUUAUAUUGGAUUAUUAGUAUCAGCUGGUGCUGAAUAUGCUGGUAAAUUAGUUACUGGUCAAGGGUUUGUUACUAAAUAUAAACCAACUUCAAAAUCAGUUGCUAAAAUCUUUAAUGAAUCAGUUUUACCUCAACUUGGUGAAAUCUCCAUUUAUUUAGAAGAAGAAUUUAAUAAAAUUGCUUAUUCUCAUGAUGUUGAAACCACUUUAAAAGCUGCUGGUAUCUCAUAUGUUUUAUAUAAAGUUACUUCAUGGUUCUCCUUGUAUACUUUGAUUGUUAUUGCCGUUGGAUUCUUUUUCACUUGGCCUCCAAUUUAUCAAAGAAAUCAAAUUGAAAUUGAUGAAGCUGUGGCUGAAUAUACUAAAUUAGCUAAAGAAAAAAUUGCUGAAUUAACUGCCACUGUUCAUAAACAAGCUGCUCCUCAUAUUGAAACUUUAAUUAAAAAAACUGGUCCAGUUGGUUCAUUUGUUCAAUCUAAAUUCCCAACUAGAACUGCUGGUUCAACUGUGGGUGAAAGUAAAACUACUUUUGGUACUGCUGCUGAUGCUGUUCCAGUUGCUCAUACUUCUGGUGCUUCAAAAUUCCCAGAUACUCCUGCUACUAAUUUAGGUGAAGGUACUUUUGAAGAUGCUGUACAUGAAGUAAAAUCAACUGUUCAUGAAUAAAUUUAGAUUUUAUAUCUGAUCAUGAAUCUUCAUUAUUAAUAAUUUUUUUGCUAUUAUCGCUACCAUUAUAAUUAUUACAAUUAUUAUUAUUUAUUUUGUUAACUGCUGAUUUAUACACCCUUUUUUAUUAUUUUAUUUGCUUAAUCGCUGAUCUUAUUAUUUUCAACAAAUUGAUUAAUUCUUAUCUAACUAUCUAGCUUUAUUCUUUACUUAUACAGCUCUCAUUUUUUAUUCAUUCUCUUCUUUGUGUUAAUAAGAUUCUUUCUCCAAUACACCAGUGUAUAAUAGAGUCUGAUCUUUUGUUUAACUUUUUGUAUAUGUAUAUGUAUAAAUUUCAAUAAAUUUAUCACUAAUUAUUCUACAA